AUGGAGUCGGCCACGCGACAGCACUUCUUCAGUCACAUACCGGGCAAUGAGGGCUUCGAGACCGGAAAGCGACAUUGCCACUGGUGCCAGAUCCGCUCCUUUCAAACCCACGAGCAAUACCCCAUCACCAUCGUCAACGACCGAGAUGACGAAGUCCUUAGUCCCAAGUUCAGCUUCGUAGAGACCUCGAUCCGCGCCCGAGACGUAGAACCAACUAGGAAGGAAUUUCUCUCAGGCUGCGAAUGCGUCGACGGGGAAGAUUGCCAAUACAACACCUGCAACUGUCUGCAGGACGUCGAGGACGACAGCUCCGACGAGGAGGGCGCCGACGGCACAUAUGGCGAAACGUACCGCAAGAAGGCGUAUGCCUAUCAUUCGCAUGGCGUCAAGGCCGGCCGCAUGCGCUCCGAGAUCCUUUCAACCCGCAACCCCAUCUACGAGUGCCACGAGAGCUGUGCCUGCGGGCCCGACUGCCCAAACCGCGUGGUGGAACGAGGCCGCAAGAUCCCGCUACAGAUUUUCAGGACGCCAAACCGGGGAUGGGGUGUACGGAGCACGUCGGAUAUCAAGAGAGGUCAGUUCAUCGACAAAUACAUGGGCGAGAUCAUCACUGCCGAGGAGGCCGACAGACGGCGUGCGAAAUCACACAUUGCGCAGCGCAAAGAUGUGUACCUGUUCGCACUGGACAAGUUCUCGGAUCCGGAUUCCUUCGACGAGCGCCUACGGGGUGCUCCAUUGGAAGUAGACGGCGAGUUCAUGUCUGGGCCGAGUCGAUUUGUCAACCAUUCUUGCGAGCCCAACUUGCGUAUAUUUGCUCGGGUUGGCGAUCAUGCGGACAAGCACAUCCACGAUCUGGCCUUCUUUGCCGUCAGAGAUAUACCCAGAGGCGAGGAACUCACGUUUGACUACGUCGACGGGGUCGACGAUUCAGAGAAGGAUGCACUGGACCCGGAGAAGCAAAAGGAUAUGACGCGGUGUCUGUGUGGGAGCAAACGUUGCAGAGGCUACCUCUGGUGA